UGUCUAAUUAUAAGGCACAAAUAUCUAAAAAGAUCCCCUUCAAGUAAAUAAAAAAUUCUUCCCUCCAAAGACACCCAACAGAGGUAUUGUAUAUCUCAUUGAAACCCCCUGAAUCGUUUUCCCGAUCCACCACAUUUUCCAGAGAAUUCUGUCUGAGCUCAAAAAACCAGGGCUUAAAUGGCUUGGGAUUCUUUACAGAACAGAUGGGUAGUUAUGGUAGUCUGCAUAUGGUUAGACUGUUGUACAGGAGCAUCAUACGGCUUCAGCAUAUAUUCUCAGACCAUCAAGACCAGAUUUGGCUACACCCAACAGCAAUUGGACACCAUAUCUGUAUUUGCCGGCUUAGGAGGAAUCGGGGGUAUUCUGGCUGGCCUGCUAUACCAGUGCUUUCCUCCAUGGAUUGUUCUUCUUUUGGGAGCUCUCCACAAUUUGAUAGGCUAUGCGGCCCUAUGGCUGUUUUUGACUGGGAGAUUAACAUCCCCUGCCUUGUGGGAGCUCUGUUUAGCUACCUGUAUUGCCAUGAACAGUGAGUUAUACUACAGCACAGCUUCCAUGGUGACCUGUGUGACCAAUUUUCCUGCUAACAGAGGGAUUGUGGUGGGUUUGAAGAAGGGAUGCCUUGGUCUUAGCAGUGCCAUUCUGUCCACACUAUGGCAGGUGUUUUUCCAGAGGGCAGAUGGGUCUUCCUUCUUGUUGGUAGGGGGCAUAGUUCCUUCUGCAGUGGCCCUUUUGAUCAUGCCAAUUGUGAGGAAGUAUGACCCAGGUGACUGUGAAAAUGGGUCUUCAAGUACAAUGAAAAACCUGGCCAUGGUGUCUGCUCCCUUGGUGUUUUUGGCCUUGUUUCUCAUGGGUUCUGCCUUCUGGGAUGGACACACUUUGCAGGCAAAUCGAGUGGAAUUUGCUAUCACACUUGUAAUUUUAGCAACUCCCUUGUAUGUGGCUUGGAAAGCAAGUAACGAGGAGAGGACUUCAACAAAAAACUCAAAAAUUUUGGUCCCCUUGAUGAGUCAGGGAGAUUCAAAUAUUUUUGAUAGAUAUGUUAUUGCUAAGUAUGUCAAUUCUCCUCUAUGGAGAGUAAUUUUUAGCAUUGAUUUUUUCUUAGCCUUUUUUACUUCUGCGGUUACUAUAGCUUCUAGUCUUGUGGCAAUUAACAACAUGAAUCAAGUUGCAACUUCUCUAGGGUAUGGACAACAAGACAUUACCAUAUUUGUCACUUUGAUAUCAGUAGCCCAAUUUUUAGGUCGCUUUGGGAGUGGAGUUUUGUCAGAUUAUUUACUCUUUAAAUUUGGAAUAGGUAGACCACUAUUAACUGCACUAGCUGGGUUUAUUUUGUGUUGUGGGCAUCUUCUUAUAGUACUAGCAGGCACUUUUCCCCAGGCUCUAUACUUUGGUUGUAUUUUCAUAGGAUUCUCUUUUGGAGCAAAUUGGUGUUUAAAUUCUAUUACUGUGUCCGAUUUGUUUGGGCUAGGUCAUUUUGGAGCAUUAUACAAUGUGGUAAUGAUUGGUAAUCCGAUAGUAUCAUAUUUUCUCUCUGUGUGGGUUGCUGGGUAUCUCUAUGAUAUAGAAAUGGUUAAGCAAGGAGGAGAACAAUGCAAGGGAAACACAUGCUUUGAUCUUACCUUUAUUAUUUUGGCCAGUAUUUGUGUUUUAGCAACUUUGACAUCAUCCAUUUUGUGGUGGAGAACAAAACACAUUUAUAGAAAAAGAAUGAGUAACUAAAUAGAUCUUGUUAGAAAAGUGGCGAUUGACACACAAAUAUAAGGUUGAAUCAAGAUGGUGUAGUGCCUCAAGCAUAUGUAAAUGGUAUAUUUGUUUAAUACUUUGGUUAUAAUAUAUACUAUUGGGUGAUCUUUUGUCUUGCCGUCAAUUUAUUUUA